AUGGCCAGUACGGACCCCACAGCGGACCUUGCGAACCAACUUGAACCCGACGAUGAGCAAAGCAGCGAACAAGAUAGCGCAUAUGGAGACGAUGAUCUCAUAAGCGAGAGAACCUCCCUUUUCAGCGAUAUCAUGAAAUACAGGGAAGAGGUACAUGAUACCUUUGUGUCUGCGUUUUCACCCGACACUGACACUUGGUUGCUGGGUCAGAAUGGACGUCGCUAUCAUGGGUACAAAGACGGCGCCUAUCUGCUGGCCCUUCAGCAUCAUCACAUCUUCAACUUGGCGAACGGGGGCAAGCUUUACCUGGCCCCUAUCGAGAGGCCGGCUCGUGUACUCGACGUUGGAACAGGAACCGGCAUCUGGGCCAUGGAUUUCGGCGAUGCACACGAAGAGUCGCACGUUAUAGGAAUAGAUCUUUCUCCUAUUCAGCCGGCUUGGUGGGGCUCCCCUAUCGUAUCAGAUGAACAAUUCCGUCUUUUGUUGAUACUCUCUAGGGUUGCACCGAAUGUUGAAUUCCUCGUCGACGACGCCGAGGAUCUGUGGCUAGGCAACACCUACGACUACAUCCACAUCCGCAUGCUCAGCGGCGCCAUCAAGGACUGGCCGGGCCUCCUGGCCAAAGCGUUCGAUCACAUGAAUCCUGGCGGAUGGAUCGAGCUCACCGAGUUCGAAGUUUGGCUCCACUCACACAACAACAGUCUCCACCGUGCACCAGACAUCCAGACGUGGCAAGAAGGUCUACGCGAAGCAGCGGCUCUCAUAGGCCGUCGGUUUGACGUCGCCGUCAACCUAGAAAAUUGGGUUCGCCAGGCAAACUUUACCAAUGUCACUCAGCACAAAAUCAUAGUACCCGCCGCACCAUGGCCGAAGAAUAAGGAGUUGAAGACCCUUGGCGCUUAUCAGCUUUUGAACAUGCUCGAUGCUGCCUCGUCUUAUGGCCAGGCUCAUUUUACUCGGGUGCUGGGAUGGUCGGCCGAUGAAUAUGCAGUGUUGAGCGCGAAAGUCAGGAGCCAGUUGAAAGAUCGGACACUGCAGCUUUACUCGGAUCUCUACACCGUCUAUGCCCGCAAACCCAUGACGGCGCCUUGA